CUCUCAGUCCUCCUCCUACUCCGUCAGUCCGGAGUGGUGGCUCCAUUAUGAAAGACUCAUCCUCCGCUGAGUCCGGAGCGGAGACGGCUGCUGGGCGCGCUCUUCGAUCGGCUAAGGGAUCCUUCCCCACACGAGACAUCUCCGAUAGAUGGCUGAACGUCCCGGAGGAGGCCCGCCUGACACUUCACGGUGAAGAGAAUGUCCCAGAAAUCUUGGAUCGAAAGUACUUUCACCAAGAGGGAAUGUAUCUAUAUAAUUCCAAGUUCGAAGGACCCACACAGAUGCCUUCCAGGAUGCCAAAUUUGCCAGCAGCUUGUGAGAUGCUGCUGUGGCCGCCUGGUCAGACAACAUGCCUGCUUCACCGCCAGUGUCGCUAUGAAGUACUCAGAUUUGAAACUAGGUGAAAAUUUCACAGAAGAGCUUGAAGAAUGGUCUGUGGAAAAAGACACAGAAGAGAGCCCAACAGAUGCCUAUGGUGUUAUCAAUUUUCAAGGUGGAUCACAUUCCUACAGAGCAAAGUAUGUCAGGUUGUCCUAUGACACAAAGCCAGAAACCAUUCUACAGCUGAUGCUAAAGGAAUGGCAAAUGGAAUUGCCCAAACUUGUAAUCUCUGUGCAUGGAGGAGUGCAGAAGUUUGAGCUUCAUCCACGCAUCAAACAGUUAAUUGGUAAAGGCCUCAUUAAAGCUGCUGUGACAACCGGGGCAUGGAUCAUCACUGGAGGGGUAAAUGCUGGUGUAGCAAAACAUGUUGGGGAUGCUCUUAAAGAGCAUGCUUCACGAUCAUCCCGAAAGAUUUGCACUAUUGGAAUAGCACCAUGGGGAGUCAUUGAAAACCGUAAUGAUCUGGUGGGAAGAGACGUCAUUGCUCCAUAUCAAACUUUGCUGAACCCUCUGAGUAAACUCAACGUCCUCAAUAACCUGCAUUCCCAUUUCAUCUUGGUGGACGAUGGUACUGUUGGAAAGCAAGGUGCAGAAGUGAACUUAAGGAGGCAGCUGGAGAAAACCAUAAACUUGCAACGCAUUCAUGCACGCAUUGGCCAAGGCGUUCCAGUUGUGGCCUUGAUAUUGGAAGGCGGUCCCAAUGUGAUCCUUACAGUGCUGGAUUAUCUGCAGGAAAACCCACCUGUCCCAGUUGUUGUAUGUGAAGGAACGGGCAGAGCUGCUGAUAUCUUGGCUUAUGUGCACAAGCAGACGGAGGAAGGAGGAAAUCUUCCUGAAGGUUCAGAGUCUGAAAUCAUUUCAACUAUUAAAAAAACGUUCAACUUUAGCCAGUCUGAGGCCGUCCAUCUCUUCCAGAUUGUAAUGGAGUGUAUGAAAAGCAAGGAACUUAUAACUGUGUUUCACAUGGGCUCAGAUGAGCACCAGGACAUUGACGUUGCAAUACUUACUGCUCUAUUGAAAGGAACGAAUGCAUCUGCAUUGGACCAGCUGGUUUUAACUUUGGCGUGGGACAGAGUUGACAUAGCCAAAAACCAUGUAUUUGUCUAUGGACAACAGUGGCUGGUCGGUGCCCUGGAACAAGCCAUGCUGGAUGCUCUUGUAAUGGACAGGGUUGCAUUUGUGAAGCUUCUCAUAGAGAAUGGAGUCAGCAUGCAUAAAUUUCUAACCAUCCCCAGGCUGGAAGAGCUUUAUAACACCAAACAAGGUCCUACUAACCCAACUCUGUUUCAUCUUGUCCGAGAUGUUAAGCAGGGUCAUCUUCCACCAGGCUAUAAAAUUACUUUGAUUGAUGUUGGUCUUGUCAUUGAGUAUCUGAUGGGUGGCACCUAUAGGUGCACAUACACAAAGAAGCGCUUUCGAAUAAUUUACAACAAUCUUCAUGCUGGAAAUCGGCGUUCUGGGAGAAACACUUCAAGCAAUACACCGCAGAUGCGGAAAACCCAUGAAUCAUUUGGAAGCAGAGCAGAUAAAAAGGAGAAGAUGAGACACAAUCACUUCAUAAAAACUGCACAGCCUUAUAAACCAAAGCAAGAUACUUCAGCUGAUGAGGGGAAAAAGAAAAGGAUCAAAGACGAGGUUGUGGACAUUGAUGAUCCGGAGAUGAAGCGCUUUCCUUACCCCUUUAAUGAGCUCCUGGUUUGGGCUGUGCUGAUGAAGAGGCAGAAGAUGGCCCUUUUCUUCUGGCAGCAUGGGGAGGAGUCCAUGGCUAAAGCUUUAGUUGCCUGUAAAUUGUGCCGCUCUAUGGCUUAUGAAGCAAAGCAGAGUGAUGUUGUGGAUGACGCAUCAGAAGAAUUGAAGGAACAUUCAAGUGAGUUUGGACAGCUGGCGGUAGACUUGCUAGAUCAGUCAUUCAAGCAGAAUGAAACUAUGGCAAUGAAACUUCUCACAUAUGAACUGAAAAAUUGGAGUAAUUCCACCUGCCUAAAGCUUGCUGUAUCUUCUCGACUUCGCAAUUUUGUUGCACACACUUGUACUCAAAUGCUGCUGUCCGACAUGUGGAUGGGAAGAUUAAACAUGAGAAAGAAUUCCUGGUAUAAGGUGAUUCUGAGUAUUUUGGUCCCUCCUACUAUUCUCAUGCUUGAAUAUAAAACAAAGGCAGAAAUGUCCCAUAUACCACAAUCUCAGGAUGCCCAUCAAAUGGCAAUGGAUGACAGCGAAAAUAACUUUCAGAAUCUACCGGAAAAUAUUCCAAUGAAUGUCUUUAAGGAAGUUCAGGCUUUCGACCAUACAGAUGUGAAGACUGAAAUUGAGACUCAAACAAAAACCCGUCGGCUUCCCAUUACCCAGAAAUUCUAUGCAUUCUAUCAUGCGCCAAUCGUGAAAUUUUGGUUUAACACGCUGUUCUAUUUGGCAUUUCUCAUGCUUUUCACAUUUGUGGUUCUUGUUAAGCUGGAGCCAUUGCCUUCUGCCCAAGAGUGGAUUGUCAUUGCCUACAUUUUUACCUCGGCGAUUGAAAAAAUACGAGAGAUUUUUAUGUCUGAAGCUGGGAAAAUUAAUCAGAAGAUAAAGGUGUGGUUUGGGGACUAUUUUAAUAUCACAGAUACAAUUGCUAUCAUUACGUUCUUCGUCGGAUGCGGGUUGAGACUUGGAGCUUAUAACUAUACCUCGGAAACCCCAACAGACAAUAACGGAGGAGACGCCAAAGAUGCUUUUGAUGAUCCUGUUUUUCUUGCUGGAAGACUGACAUAUUGUCUGAAUAUCAUUUUCUGGUAUGUCAGAUUACUGGAUUUUCUGGCUGUCAAUCAACAAGCAGGACCAUAUGUAAUGAUGAUUGGCAAAAUGGUUGCGAAUAUGUUCUACAUUGUCGUCAUUAUGGCCGUCGUACUCUUGAGUUAUGGUGUUCCAAGACAGGCAAUUCUUUAUCCGUAUGAAGCACCAAGUUGGACCCUUGCUAGGAAUAUAGUUUUUCAGCCUUAUUGGAUGAUGUUUGGUGAAGUGUAUGCUUAUGAAAUAGAUGUUUGUGCCGAAAACUCUGAGGUGAAAGAACUAUGUGCUGCUGGAACAUGGCUGACUCCUUUUCUUCAAGCUGUCUACCUCUUCAUGCAAUAUAUCAUUAUGGUGAAUCUUCUCAUAGCAUUUUUUAACAAUGUGUACUUCCAAGUGAAGUCCAUUUCAAACAUAGUGUGGAAGUACCAGCGCUACCAUUUCAUUAUGGCUUAUCAUGAGAGGCCUUUCUUACCACCACCUUUGGUUAUAUUCAGCCAUUUGUCUUCCCUCUUCUGCUUUGUUUGCAAACGAAGAACAAAAGACAAGUACUCACAUGGACCAAAAUUAUUUUUAACGGAAGAAGACCAGAAGAAGCUUCAUGAUUUUGAGGAACUUUGUGUUGAAAUUUAUUUUAAUGAAAAAGAUGAUAAAUUUCACUUGGGAAGUGAAGAGAGAAUUCGUGUUACAUCUGAAAGGGUUGAACAGAUGUCUAUACAAAUCAAAGAGGUUGGAGAUCGAGUGAACUACAUCAAGCGGUCUUUACACUCUUUGGAUUCACAGAUUGGACACUUGCAAGACCUGUCUGCUCUUACUGUAGAUACUUUGAAAACACUUACUGCACAAAAAGCAUCUGAGGCCAGCAAGGUUCAUAAUGAAAUCACCCGUGAACUGAGCAUUUCAAAGCACUUAGGACAGAAUCUGGUUGAUGAUGGCCCUCUACGUUCCUCCAUGAGGAAAAAGCAUAGUGUUAAUAAUUUCUUUGGCUCAUCAUUUCCACAAGGAAGUCCCGAGGCCAACAGUAACUAUCUUUUCAACGUUUCUUUGAGAGAUGAAAGAAAUACUGUAGGAAAAAAGGUGGGUGACUAUUUUCCACCUCAGAGAGAAAAACUAAAUAUUCCAGAUGCUGGUCCAUCUGGAGGUGCCUUAGUUUCUACUGCUGAUUGUCCUACAGAACUGCCAAACCGUGCACAAGGACCUGUAUCGCUCACUGAAAAUCUGAAUCCUGGUAUUUCCACCAGUAGCAUGCCAAGCAGUACUUCGCCUUCUGCUACCUUUUUUGUAAGCACGCCGAACCAGCCAUGCUUAAAAAAUCAAAUGGAAAUCGCAUCAAAGCUGGAAAUAUCCCUUCAACCAAGAUCCUCAAAAGUAGAGAACACUGUGGAAUUUGGUGCGUUUGUUGGUCACAGAGAAACUGUGAUACUGCAGAAACAACUUAAAAAUCAUGAAAACCAAACGGAAAGAGAAAUAAACCCUGCAGAUUUGAUGGAAUCCUAUCCUCCUUUCAGCUUGAAGCAAGUGAAAUCCUGUGCGGGCUUUACCGAGCUCAGUAAGAUCUCCCAGUCCUUGCGGCUCGAUCCACUGCAUGGCGGCAGCCGGAGAGCCUCACUAACCGAGGAGACAGCUGUGGAUGACUCCAAAGAAACCUUUCUAGCGGAUUGGUUGCUGUCUCAUUCAUCCUCCGCAAGCAAACCAAAGCCUACAGCAGAGGAGGACGCGUUGAAUGGUAUUGGAUCACCUUUCAAACCAAUAGUGGACAUCAAUUAUUGCUAUUCAGCUGUUGAACGAAACAACCUGAUGCGAUUGGCCCAGAGUAUUCCUUUCACCCCGGUUCCUCUAAAAGGAGAGCUGGUCACAGUGUAUCGCCUGGAGGAGAGUUCUCCCAGCAUCCUAAAUAACAGCAUGUCCUCCUGGUCACAGAGGGGCUUGUGUGCCAAGAUAGAGUUUCUGAGUAAGGAAGAGAUGGGAGGGGGAUUGAGAAAAGCUGUGAAGGUGGCGUGCACAUGGUCGGAGAAUGAUAUCCUGAAGGCUGGGCACCUUUAUAUCAUCAAGUCCUUCCUUCCCGAAGUGGUGAAUACUUGGUCCGCGGUGUACAACAAAGAUACAGUUCUUCAUCUCUGCCUUAAAGAAAUACAACAGCAGAGGGCAGCACAGAAAAUGACAUUCGCAUUUAAUGCAAUGAAACCCAAGUCCAUCCCAUACUCUCCAAGGUUUUUAGAAGUGUUUCUAUUAUAUCAUCAUUCGGACGGGCAGUGGUUUGCAAUCGAGGAGUGCAUGAAUGGAGAGUUCCGAAAGUACAAUAACAACAAUGGAGAUGAACGUGUCCCAACCAAUAUGUUAGAGGAAACCAUGUUGGCUUUUAGUCAUUGGACCUUUGAGUACACAAGGGGAGAGCUUUUAGUUCUGGAUUUACAAGGCGUUGGAGAAAACCUUACCGACCCAUCAGUUAUAAAAUCUGGCGAAAAGAGGUCAUCCGACAUGAUUUUUGGACCAGCCAAUUUAGGAGAUGAUGCAAUUAAAAACUUCCGUGCUAAGCACCACUGCAAUUCAAUCUGCAGAAAGCUUAAGCUUCCAGACUUGAAGAGGAAUGACUACACACCCGACAAAGUGAUAUUCCCUCAGGAUGAACCUCCAGAAUCCUCAACAGAUCCUGAUGGUUCCACCAAAGAGUCAAAAACUUCUAUCCGUUUAAUGCUGUAGCUGAAAUCCCAGAUAUGGUGGAUAGUUCUCACACCCUCAGAAUGAGUUGUAUUGCACAUGUGUGCAUGCUGCUAGGAGUCAUGAUUUUAUUUUAUUUUUUGUUUUUUUAACUUUACAGAGUGGAUGACCUUAUGUGAAAGGCCCUAACUUGAGCCUAAGCCUGAGUUUUAGCAGUCUGUGUGUCCAGGUUUUGGGUAAACUAUGCCUUGUGUAAAAACUGAGAAGUACUUUCUUCCACAUGGGUUUUCCAGAUGUAGCACCUGUCUGUAGAUACAUCACAGGGCAAUGUGCUGGUAACUUACAUGAAAUGGUGACUUGAGUUUUAACUGUGUAUAGUGGCUAUAUUUUAUAUAUUACAAUUUUACCAGUUUAGUAAAGCCAUGAUCAGCAGAUACGUAUCGUAUUCUAGAACAAACGGGAAAGUGUCCCUUCAAGUUGCCUUGUAAAGAUAAGUGCUUUUCUAGUAUAUCAUGUCUGCUUCAGAAGUUAUCUUCCAAAGACCUCAAACUGUACAACCUGUAUAUCAAAUGAGAAUGUACAAAAUCUCUUAAUUUUUCAAUGUAUUUAAAUGUCUGUGAAAGAUCUUUAUUGUUAUGUGGUACCUGUUUUAAUGAAUUCCUCAAGUGGUUGUAAAUUAUGAGACAAUUAUGUGCAAUGCAACAAGGCCAAUGAAUUGUAAUCUAAUUAUUCCCGAUGUUGAGAGUUUGUCAAGAGACUUUUUUUUUUCUUUCUUUUUUGUUUAAAGGUACUAUAUAUGCAGGUUUUAACUAAAGGACGAAUAAUUAAGUUCUAUACAUUUUUACUCUGUAUUGUAUCUUAUAGAUACAAUACUUCUGAAGGCACGAACAAAUUAGCUGUUAAAAUUGUUUUAUGUUGCUGGGGAAAAUGAAAUAUACUGUAUACAUUUUAUAUAUCAUUUAAAUCUUUUAAAAAAUCUAAAAUAAAUUUAUUCUUCA